GGCCCCGUAGGGGAAGGCCCUUCCCGCAGCCUCUGGGGAACGGAACUUCCGCUUGGAGCUGAGAGCAGCAGGCUCCCAGCUCCCGGCCCUGCUGCUGCCCAGUUGUGCAGAAUCACAGGACACCAGGUCCCCAGGAGGCAGCUGAGACAGUGAGGUGAUGAAGAUCCUGUGGGGCGGUGUCCUGGCGCUGCUGCCGCUGCUGCUCCUGAGUCUACUUGGUGUCUCCUGGGCCGAGAGCAGCUGCAGUGGGUACCCAGCCAUCCCUGGCAUCCCAGGAAUCCCUGGGGCACCUGGCUCCGACGGCAAUCCUGGGACCCCAGGGAUAAAGGGAGAGAAAGGGCUGCCAGGGUUAGCUGGAGACCAUGGUGAAUUCGGAGAGAAGGGGGAUCCAGGGAUCCCUGGAAAUCCAGGAAAAGUUGGCCCCAAGGGCCCCAUCGGCCCCAAAGGUUCUCCAGGACCCCCUGGAGCCCGUGGCCCCAAGGGUGAAUCAGGAGACUACAGGGCCACGCAGAAAAUAGCCUUCUCUGUCCUGCGGAACAUCCACACUCCCCUGCGUCGGGAUCAGGUCAUCCGCUUCGACCAAGUGAUCACCAAUGAGAACCACAAUUACGAGCCUCGCAACGGCAAGUUCACCUGCAGGGUGCCCGGCCUCUACUACUUCACCUACCAUGCCAGCUCACGCGGGAACCUGUGUGUGAACCUCGUCCGGGGCCGGGAACGCGUGCAGAAGGUGGUCACCUUCUGCGACUACGUCCAUAACACCUUCCAGGUCACCACGGGCAGCGUGGUCCUCAAGCUGGACCAGGGGGAGAAUGUGUUCCUGCAGGCCACUGACAAGAACUCCCUGGUGGGCAUAGAGGGUGCCAACAGCAUCUUCUCCGGGUUCCUGCUCUUCCCGGAUAUAGAGGUGUGACCUGGUGGGGCUGAUUCACACCCACUCCCCUGCCAGUAACACUCACUUCUCCCCAACACCCAACACCCUACCCCUAGCCAAAGCACACAGCAGGCCUCUAUGAAUGUUGCUGAAGAAAUGAUUAAAUAAACUCUUUAAGGAC